CCACCAUACCAGUCAGCGCAGCUACCGGUAGGUCAUCAUAAGUAGGUCAACCUUUUAUGAGUCAUUUCUGACAUUCCAGGAAUCUGAUUGUUCGAACUAUUCGAUUGUUAAAAAGCUCUAAAUAGCUAGCACCUCCGCAAGGACAAUCUUAAAAUAUGUUCUGACCGCACUGUAAUUAGAUCUACAGAACUGAAGUUGAAGGAGUGAAAUCAUUCCAUCAUGGAUAAAGUAGCGGAUAAUGAAAAGGAGAGCAAGUAUGGCUACGUCUUUGCAGUCUCUGGACCUGUGGUGACAGCAGAGCGUAUGUCCGGUGCUGCUAUGUACGAGCUGGUGCGUGUGGGACACAGUGAGCUGGUGGGAGAAAUCAUCAGAUUGGAAGGGGAUAUGGCCACCAUUCAGGUCUAUGAGGAGACAUCCGGUGUAAGCGUUGGUGACCCUGUGCUCCGGUCAGGCACCCCGCUUUCCGUCGAACUCGGACCGGGUAUCCUCGACAACAUCUUUGACGGAAUCCAGCGUCCCCUCCAGGACAUCAACGACCUAACGCAGAGUAUCUACAUUCCUCGCGGUGUCAAUGUCAAAGCGCUCAGCCGCACCAAGAAGUGGGAUUUCAAGCCAUAUCCAGGAAUCAGGGUUGGCAGUCACAUCACUGGUGGCGAUUAUUAUGGGAUGGUUCCUGAGAACACCUUGAUUGAGCAUCGUCUGAUGUUACCGCCCAAGCAGAGAGGGACAGUCACAUGGAUAGCAGAACCAGGCUACUACGACAUUACAGAUGUUGUCUUGGAAACAGAGUUUGAUGGACUCAAGACCAAACACACCAUGCUUCAGGUGUGGCCUGUCCGUAACAUCCGACCCGUCUCAGAGAAACUUCCUGCCAACUACCCCCUUCUUACUGGACAGAGGGUUCUAGAUGCUCUAUUCCCAUGUGUACAAGGUGGAACGACUGCUAUCCCAGGGGCCUUCGGGUGCGGAAAGACUGUCAUCUCCCAAUCUCUGUCCAAGUAUUCAAACAGUGAUGUCAUCGUCUAUGUAGGGUGCGGUGAGCGUGGCAACGAGAUGUCAGAAGUAUUGAGGGAUUUCCCCGAGCUCACAGUAGAGAUCGGCGGGAAGACAGAAUCUAUUAUGAAGAGAACUACGCUGGUAGCUAACACAUCUAACAUGCCUGUAGCUGCUAGAGAAGCGUCCAUUUACACAGGUGUGACGUUGUCAGAGUAUUUCCGUGAUCAGGGAUACAACGUCUCCAUGAUGGCAGACUCAACCUCCAGGUGGGCUGAGGCUCUUCGUGAGAUCUCAGGUCGUCUGGCUGAAAUGCCUGCUGACAGUGGUUAUCCAGCCUAUCUAGGAGCCCGUCUAGCUUCUUUCUACGAGAGAGCCGGUAGAGUCAAAUGUCUUGGGAACCCUAGCAGAGAGGGCAGCGUCAGCAUUGUGGGAGCUGUAUCGCCCCCUGGUGGCGACUUCUCUGAUCCUGUGACCUCCGCAACCCUCGGUAUCGUCCAGGUGUUCUGGGGAUUGGACAAGAAGCUUGCCCAGCGUAAACAUUUCCCCUCCAUCAACUGGCUCAUCAGCUAUUCCAAGUACAUGAGGGCGCUAGACGAUUUCUACGACAAGAACUAUGCAGAGUUCGUACCGCUCAGGACAAAGGUGAGGGAGAUUCUGCAAGAAGAGGAAGAAUUGUCUGAAAUCGUACAGCUGGUAGGAAAGGGCUCCCUCGCCGAGUCCGACAAGAUCACCCUCGAGAUUGCCAAACUUCUCAAGGAUGACUUCCUUCAACAGAACGGCUACUCUCCGUACGAUAGAUACUGUCCAUUCUACAAGACGGUCGGUAUGCUCAGUAACAUCGUAGCAUUCUAUGACAUGGCCAGGCACGCGGUAGAGAGCACGGCACAAAGCGAGAACAAGAUCACGUACGCUAUCAUCAGGGAGAAUAUGGGCGACAUCAUGUACAAGCUUUCAUCAAUGAAAUUCAAGGACCCUGUCAAGGACGGUGAAGCCAAAAUCAAGCAAGACUUUGCAGAGUUAUUAGAUGAAAUGCAACAAGGGUUCAGGAACCUAGAAGACUUUUAAUCCAUAUAGCCAAUAUAUAUAUAGCCAUAGUUAUAAUCCUAUGUAAUCAAUGUCCAGUCCCAUGCAUAGCAUUUGAUGUCGGUGGUGGAAUGUCUCGAGUACACACUUAACCGUGCCAAUUUGUUUUUUGUUAUCUGUCUUCUAUUUUGGAUGGAACUCUGUUUCAUAUCGUGCAAUGGGCCCUUUUUGGAAAACCGAGGCCAUUUUUCAGAGAAACGGAAACUUGAUUAUGAAUUGAGCAGUAUUUUGUAAUUUUUGUGUUGUGUUUAUUCUAGAGAUAAUAUGAUGCAAAGCGACUUUGUGCUUUCUAUUUCAGAUUGGCCAAAGAUUUUUCAGUGUCAAAUUAAAGAUUUUCAUCAUUUCAACAACAAAGUUGUGUAUUGCUCAUCAGCAUAAAUCUAUUUUUAAACUGCUGAUGUGGUAAUCAACUAAUGACAAUAUAGAAUUCAUGCUUUUCUUGUUAAUCCCUUUAAAAUCUUUAUUUUAAAGAGAGAAAAAAAUCAGUUUACUGAGAGGGAGUUUGUGACCUCAGCAAUUCAUGUGGUUGGAUAUACAGUGCAUCCCAGAAAGAAAAAAUGAAACCAUAAAUUCUUGGCAUAUUUUUUCCAACAUUGCACAGUAAAAGAAUUGAAAUAAUUAAUUUGAUAAGUGAUUCAUUCCUUUUUGUUGAGAAAUUGGCAACAUUAGGCAACAGGUAUAUAUUUUAAUUAUCUUAUCGUGUGGUUUCAAGUCAAAGAAGUGAAAUCACUUUUACGAAAUAAGUGUCAAAUCUAAUGAUUAGGAUUUGAAUAACAGAAAAAAAGGAGUCCUUUUUUUUGUCUGGGAUACACUGUAUUGUUAAGAACUGAGCAAGAGUGAGUCUAAACAAAAGAUAAACCAAUUACAUAAACUUGUAAUGGAAAAAAAAAAUGUGUUUUUAUCUGAUCGCAUGAAUCCAUCUACUUUUGCUAUUUACUUUAUGACUCUAAAAGAUUUUUGUAUCAAAUCACUCCUUCGACUGAAAUGUAUCCUACUCUUUUGCUAUAGUUGCACUCGCGAAACCGACUCCAGACCGACAAAAAAAUUAUUGUUAUUAUCAAUGGCCAACCGUCAAUCAGUUUGGAGUCUGUUUUGUACAUGUGCCUGUAGCAUUUUAUAUUAUGUAAUGCAUACAAACUGUAGUUCGGUAUUUGACAUCUUUAUUAUGUGAAACGUUAUUUUCUGUACUUGUUUUCGUUUUUUUUCCAUUUCAUGUUGUGUUCAGACAUUCCAGAAUAAUGAUGAAUGAUUGAAAUCAGUACUGUAUUAUUGUUGUUAAAAAAAGAUCACUUGUUGGAAUGCUCCCCAGGGAGUGUAAAAAGUGCAUCCAUCGUGCUUGGGCAAGCCAGGAUGCCAGUCCCGGGGUAAUAAUAAAGCUGUAAAGCUCUUAAUAGCGAUGAUGGUUGUACCCAAAAAGCGCAUACACGUAAAAGGGUAAUAUGAUUAUUGAUAGGGAUUGAUCUGUGUGUGGUAUGACCACACCGUGUAGUACCAAGUUGUGGAUGUCUAUUACAUUUACAUUUUGUACAUGUAUGUAAUGUACAUCUCUACAAUGUAUGUAGUGUACAUGUACACAAAUUACAUAUAUAGGUUAGAUUAGAUGUAGAAGUGGUCAUCAAAUAUCCUUUUACAAUGAUAAUGUUCUUUUGAUCACCACGGUUACCGUGAUUAAUUGAGGUGUAUGGCACAGAAACCAUAUGAAUCUGCUAGUUGAAUUGUCCCACGCCAACCAUGGGUUGCAGACAUGAAAGGAACAAUUUAUCCCUGGUAUUUUCCAGCACCGUCUAAAAAGUGCGCCUUCACCGAAAAUUUCAAUGCAGCUCAUUUAAAAAUGAAGAGAAGAGCUCCGCAAUUUGAAACGUGGAAGCGCCAUGGUGUAGCGGUUCUGACUCUCGACUUGUAAUCAGAGGGUCAUGUGUUUGAAUCCCAUCGUUGCCUAGCGUCCUUUGCCAAGGCAUCAAUCCACACUUUGCCACUCUCACCCAGGUGCUAAUUGGGUACCGGACUAGGAAACAACCGUCAUUGUGGUUGGUUUAGUAAGUGUGCGCCUAACAUGCUGCUUGGAAUGCUAUGAAUCCAGUAACCGGGUAAUAAUAAUUGUGAAGCGCUUUGAGCAGUCGUAGAUUGAUAAAGCGCUAUAUAAAUGCCAAUUAUUAUUAUUGUUAUUAAACCUCCGUCAAUGAUAUUCUUCGUUAUUAUACUUGGUGGUGUAAUUAGCAGUUAUCACUCAUUUCAUCAGAAUUUGAUUAAUAGCGCUCUACAAUAGUGCAGUAUAAGUUGUUAUCCCCUUUUUCCUUUUCAACAUUUGUAACACAUUCUAAUGGGACAAUAGAAUGGCCUGUUUUCUUUCUGAUAUUGGUUGCUGAUUAGACUUUAAAAAAAAACAAGACAAAGAAAUAAGAUAUUACUGUUUCAUCAGGAGCUGUCAUUCCGCACACCUGGGUCCCGUAAUAUAUAGAUUAGUGAUUAGUCGUAAACUUCAUUUUCGCGAUUAAUUGUACAUUGUAGUCAAUGCAAUCAGUCGUUAAACAAUGUUCUACGAUCAUUGCUAAGCUUGUUGUUACGGUGUCCUUGACACUUUGGAGGCGCGAUAGCUCAGUCGGUAGAGCGGGGGACUCGUAUUCCGGUGACCCGGGUUCGAUUCCCACUUGGUGCGCUAGUGCCCUCUGGUAAGGCAUUAAUCCUCAGUACCAGGUCCUUCGGAGAGGACCUUAAGCCGUCGGUCCUCUGGUUGCUUGCCUACAAGCAUUCAUGCUUUCUUAGCAAUCAGGUAAAAAAAUCACCACCAAUACCAAUACCAACUUCAGCUAGCGUACGCCGAUGUACUGUACGUGUGGCAAGUCGUUUUGUCCUAUGAUCCCAUCUUGUGAUAUGAAGCCUUCGAUUCUUGAUGUAUUUAUAUUUCAUUUUGAGAUCACUGCAAAUAUCAGAAAUGUUAUUUCCUUGUAUGAAGAAUCAUUUGUGUAGUUACCAGAAGGCAAUUCCUUGUAUCAGGGCCCCGUCUUACAAAGAGUUACGAUUGAUUCAAUCGUAACUCUAUGGAAAUCCAUCAGUAUCAUAAUUUUUUCUACAGGAAAUUUGCAAAAUGUUCUCUGUAAACAAAGGAGAACACACUGAACUGUCAAGAAAUCAAUGAAUUUAUGGAUAUACAUUCUUAUCUAGAAAUUUUAUGGAACAAACAUGCUUUUUAUAUGUUGACUUUACUGGCUUUCCAUAGUUACGAUUGAUCGGAUCAACCGUAACUCUUUGUAAGACUGGCCCCAGGAAAUGGGAUGAAGGAAACGUAAGUCAGCAUGUGCUAGUUAAAACGUUCAGUCACUGACAGCCUCUUUAAAUAAUCACAAAUGAACUAUCCCUUCCCCAUAACCCAUCCAUCCUUUUUAUUCUGUAUUAAAACAGUUGUACAUCUAGCGUUUACUGUAGGUAGAAGGCAACUCAUGUUUAUCAAAUAAUAUGCAACUAUUGGACUAUUGACCUGUGUCACGUUUUAGAUGAAAAUUGUAUUUUUCUCAAUUCAUUACUUAAAUAUACAUGUAUACACAACAAAAUAGGUUCGAAUUGUGAACCAUUGACCCUAGUACAUUGGUGCUCAAGAUCUUGUAAAGUGUAGUGAUUGUUUUCAAUGUUUAAAUUCAUUAUUUUAGAAACUAUGGAACAAAGGCCGAGUUAUGUUUCUCGAGGAGGGUAAAAAGAAAUAUUUAGCAAUACUGAAUGUUAGUUGUGCUGUAUGUAUGGAACCUAAGUGGAUAUUUAUGGAUAUUUCCAUUUUUUUUUAAUUUUUCUUUGAUUCUUCAUAAGGCUGCUCGUAAAGUUACGCAAGACUUUACGACUGGAACAUGUUCUUUGGUGCUAAGUCAACUACACAGGGGUAUAUCAUAUAGCACAAGACACCGUUCUCACUACCGUCCUAAAACUAGUUUAGUGGAAACUAGUUUAACGUGUAAUGAAAGCGGUCUUGGAAGCGAUCUUCCAAACCGGUUCAGAAAACCACCUCGCGAUAUAGUUUUAAGAUCGCUUUGCUUCGUUAAACCGGUUGUAGCAUAAGUAAGGACACACGUUCUUCGGGAAGCGAUCUUCUCACUGGCGUGUGGAGAAUGCCUACGCUGCAGUUUCAAAUUCCGUGCGAAACUAAUAGCGUACCCAUAGCAACAAGAUCGCUUUCCAUGAAGCGGCCAUGAAGUGGUUUUGAAAACCACUUUCGGGUGAUAAAAUGAGAAUGCUAGCAAAGCGAUCUUCCAAACUGGUUUCCUGAACCGGUUUCCGGUAAAUUAGUUUUUCUGGUUUGUAGUGAGAAUGGUUUCCAAGAAAAAGGUCACAAGUCGUGCAUAAGGUCAUUCAUAACUUACAAACAGCUUUAUGAAAAGCCCACCUGAUGCGACUUUGUACUCCUUCUAUGCUGUGGCCUAAUAUUGAUAAUCCACUGCAAUAACAUUAUUUCAUCUUGAAUCUAUUUUCUUUUAUUUGACGACACAAACUUAAAUCUUAAUUCCACUCUUUUUAACAAGAUGUAUUCACAGUUUUACAUUGGCACAGGAAUAUGCUAAAAAAUAUGAUUAUCUGACCCUCAGACGAAACAUUGCAAUAAAAAUUAAAGCUAGGAUUAGACCUUCAAAUCCCUGAAAUGACUGUUUCCAUCUAAAAUAUGGUUACAGUGUCAAAUUCAUGGACCCAUGCCAUACACAUUGCAGUAUUUGACUUCCCUACAUUGUACACAUCAAGUAAUUAAUUAUACAAUACAUACAUGUAGCUAAUUAGAAAUCUGUCACACACACUGACAUUACAUUGUGUAAUUAGCCUCUCUUGUGUAAUGACACAUGCGUCUUAAUGAGUCGACACUUGAGAGAGUGCAAUCAGUCUAAAUUACAUUUGCAUAUGCGACAACACUCAAGCAAUUUGGAUAUUACAAGGAGAAUGGCAUAAGGAGAUACAUGUAUAGGCUCAUUCAUGAUAAUUGCACAAUGGAAGUCUUAUACAAUACUACAGUAUAUGUAUAUACAGCACUGUUAUAUUUGCCUGCUGUUUAAACCCUUCACUCGAGUCAAGGGUCUGAAUGUGCAGCCUACUCAUGCCUUGUGUACUGUAGGCCCUGAAACAGCAAGUUUUGUAUGUGCUAGUCUUUGCGUGGAGACACACUUGUUGAUCAAAGUUUCAUUCAGGGUCUGUGCCUGCAGACUACUGUUAUAUUUCUGCAUGUGAAGAUCUAAGGCCUGUUUCACAAAGACUAACAACUGUUGUAAUUUUGCCAUUGUAUCUUCCAUCAAACCUUGAUUGUGAUUGGCUGCUGAGCCACAUUACGAUGGUAGUUGUCAUAAUAGCGAAGUUACAAUCAAGGGCAUAUUAAAAUCCAAGCUGUGAGCCUAUUGUCUAUUGUUCAGGGGGGAGGAGGUGAACUAUUGUUUCACCCCCCCCCCCCACUUCUUGAAUAGUAUGACAUCAUUGAUUUAUGCCCAUGCUUACAAUAAUUGUAACUCUUUGAUGAAAUGGGCCCAAGGAUUAAUUUGAUGAAAAGUACAAAGACCAAGGCUCUCUGACUCUUAAUUGCCCAUUAUGAUAAUUAUGCAAAUCACAUGCAAAUCUCCUCACUGAUAUGGCUUCAUCAAAUCUCAACUAAUUGGAUGGGGUUGUGUCAAUAAAGCCUUCUAGUUAUGUUUUGUUUAUGCCUUUCGACUACUGACUUCUAGUCAUUCAAAGCCUUUUUACAUGGAUCAUAUGUUACAGUAACAAAUUGACAAUAACAGUUUAAAGCUACUGAAUCCUUUGAAUUGAUUGGUUGAUCGUGAACUUGUUAUAGAAUAGUGGCAUUUGUUACUAUUACAAGUCCUUAUUAAAUCCGACCCUGGUUCCAGUUUGCAACAGAUUAAUCAAUCAAUCAUGAAGUUUUACCCAGGGGGGUUAAUGUCUACAAAGUUGUUACCCAAAAUAUCAAGAUGCAAAGCUCCCUACAUAGAAAAUCUUUUCUAGCCUUUCUUUUGAUAUUUUUUCUCAACAUUGUACAUUAUGAAUGAGAAAUGAUUAUCAGAUACCUUUCUUUUACUUCCCCUUUUGUAAUUCAUGAUUAUUACGAUUAUUUCUAUUAUAUUUUAGUUAAUCUAAUAUUAGUGACAUUUUUUGUCAUAUACGAGCUUGAAACAUUGUGAUCCUUAGUUUUAAUGUUAUAUGAAAACAUCUUUUCUUCUUGAGAACAUCUUCCUUUCUAUGUGUUAUAAUUAUAUUCAAUGUUUUAUUAUAUCUUGUAAUAUCCCUUGGGUAUGGAUGUGAUGAAUAUUGUCAGCAUUUUGAGAUGUAAAAUUGUAGGGAAAUGGAAUAUAUAAUAGAAGAUGUAUAUAAAUAAAUAGUGAAACAUGUAAUAACAAA